AUGAAUAAAACAUCAUGUAUAUGGCAGCUUUCUAGGAUUCAUCACAUAUUAAAGAGACCUCAACCCCCUUUUCGACAAGCAACAACAGCAGUCGCACCACCAUCAAACAACAAUCUGAUACAAUUGGAACAUGAGGUUCAGCAAGCCUUAGCAAACGGUGAGCCAGUGGUAGCAUUGGAAUCUACCAUUAUCGCUCAUGGAAUGCCGUAUCCACAAAAUGUGCAAGUUGCCAAAGAAGUGGAAGACAUAUUGCGAAAACAAAAUGUUACUCCCGCCACGAUAGCCAUGCAUCAAGGGGUUUGUCGAAUUGGUUUGUCGCAAGAUGAAUUGGAAGACUUGGCCAUUGCUGGAACGGAGGGCCGGGCGCACAAAUGUUCGACCCGGGAAAUGUCAACCUUUCUCAUGCGAUCAUCAUUUCCUCAGAACCAACUACUUUGGGGUGCAACGACAGUGGCGUCCACAAUGAAACUGGCACAUCUAGCAGGCAUUUCAACAUUUGUGACAGGGGGCAGUGGAGGAGUACACCGAGGUGGGGAAGAUACGAUGGAUGUUUCUGCGGAUUUGACCGAAUUGGCCAGGACGCCUGUGGUGGUGGUUUCAGCAGGAAUCAAGUCCAUUUUAGACAUUCCGAGAACCUUGGAAGUUCUGGAAACCAACGGUGUCCCCGUCUAUGGAUGGCAAACGGACGAAUUUCCGGCCUUUUUCUCUCCGGCUUCAGGAGUCCAGUGCCCGGACCGUGUGGAUAGUGCGGAGGAAGUAGCCCGAGCCUUUCAUUUCGCCCGUGCGUUGCAAAUGACACAUGGCUGUCUUGUCGGAGUACCAAACAAGGAUCCGGCAUCAGGAGCUAGUGUCGAAGCGGCCAUUCAAAGUGCUCUCGCCGCAGCCGAGGAAAAGGGGAUUACAGGUCCAGCUACAACACCCUUUGUCCUAAAGACAGUGGCGGAAACAACAAAGGGAGAUAGUCUCAAGAGUAAUAUUGCCUUGGUCAAGCAAAAUGCGGAAGUAGGGGGUAUGAUUGCCAAGGCAAUCGCCGAAACUAAAGUAUAG